AUGGGCUCGCAUCACGCCACCCGUGAGCUGUUGGAGUACCUCCGGACAGCUUGUCCCAUACUGCUUCUUCUCGUCUUUGUGUCGUCCUUUGUGGCGUGUUCGAUCCUCACCGCCAGAAAUGUCAACAGGACCGCGAGUGCCGUGCGCACAGGACCCGGUGGCAGACCCCUCCCGAAACGAUCGAGAAGCACGGUAGCGGUGGUGAAACCGCCUCGAAAAUUCUCCCGGAAUACCGAACUCGCCUUUAAGUGGUUAUUGGUUGGGAUCCUGGUCACCUUUGUCGCCGAUGCGGCCCUCAAUAUCGCCCAUGUUAUGGUAUCCCGGGACGAACAAUGGUGGUGUGGCCAAUCGGUUGUGAUCUACGUUGUUGGUUCGUUCUUUGAUUAUUCGAUCAUCCUUGUCUCCUUGUUAGAUACGAAUCCCUCUCCGACAUUUGCACAAUUCGUCCCAUGGCUGGUAGCCCUACCCAUUGAACUCGCCAUUCUCGGUGUCUCCCUUUCCAUCAAAGCCGGGGUUCAUCAUGAACCAAUUGUGGGUGACCCCACAGGAGGUCCUCUGCGGAACGGCCUCACGCCGUGGGAGUCAUUGGAGCUCAUCUCAGCUUGCAUCAGAAUAUUGAUUCUAGCUACCCUGAGCUCGCUUUAUCUCUUUAACUCGAUCAGCCAGAGGACCAAUGUCUGGAAGGCAUCGCGGCAUCAUGCCAAUGAUGCCUCCGAAACCACGGGGCUGCUGGACCCCUCUCAUGCCGAGAAUGGGCAUGCUUAUGGCUCAACAAACGGCACUGCGAAUCAGCAGUCCGCGAAACCCGCGGACCCGUGGGUUCGCCCGACUUCAGUGCCGUCCACCAGCUGGUGGGAGUACCUUAGCGGCUACUCGCUGUUCUUCCCGUACCUUUGGCCAUCGAAAUCCCGCCGGUUGCAAGUGAUCGUCGUCAUUUGCUUCGUGUUGAUUAUUCUGCAGCGGGUGGUCAACGUUCUGGUUCCUUUCCAGGUUGCACGUAUCACGAACAAGCUGUCCGAGAAUGACGGACCCCUUCGGGUACCGUGGUUUGACAUUUGUCUGUACAUUCUUUACCGGUGGCUGCAAGGCAACCAGGGCCUCAUUGGAUCGUUGCGGUCCAGCCUCUGGAUUCCUGUGAGCCAGUAUUCUUACAUGGAGCUUUCGACCGCAGCGUUUGAGCAUGUGCACGGGCUCAGUCUCGACUUCCAUCUGGGGAAGAAAACGGGUGAAGUACUGUCUGCGCUGAGCAAGGGAAGCUCGAUCAACACCUUCCUCGAACAGGUCACGUUCCGGGUUGUGCCGAUGUUGAUUGAUCUCUGCGUAGCGAUUGUCUUUCUCCUUAUCCGCCUUGACGCCUACUAUGCUCUGGUCGUCACCAUCAUAACGUUCUGCUAUCUCUACGUCACAGUUCGCAUGGCCCAAUGGCGAGCAGAAAUCCGGCGGCAGAUGGUCAAUGCUUCGAGAGAAGAGGACGCCGUGAAAAAUGACUCAAUGGUAUCUUACGAAACCGUCAAGUACUUUAAUGCGGAGGAUUACGAGUUUGGGCGGUAUCGUGGCGCGGUUUCCUCUUUCCAGAGGGCGGAAUACCACGUGCUGUUCUCACUGAACUUGAUGAAUACGUCUCAGAACACCGUCUUCAUGCUGGGUCUUCUGAUCGCGUGUUUCAUCGCUGCCUACCAGGUGUCCCUGGGACAGAGAAGAGUGGGUGACUUUGUUUUACUUCUCACCUACAUGGCGCAGCUUCAGGGGCCGUUGAACUUCUUUGGCACUUUCUAUCGCUCCAUCCAAUCGGCGUUGAUCAACUCCGAGCGGAUGCUCGAGUUGUUUAGAGAACAGCCUACUGUUGUAGACACGCCGGGCGCGAAGCCACUGCUCGGAUGCAAGGGUGACAUUGCCUUUGAUAAUGUGGAGUUUUCAUACGAUUCUCGGAAGCCGGCCCUCAAUGGACUCACCUUCCACUGUGAGCCUGGAACAACAACAGCCUUGGUCGGUGAAUCUGGCGGGGGCAAGUCAACAGUCUUCCGGUUGCUCUUCCGAUUCUAUAAUGCGGAGCGGGGAUGCAUCAGGGUUGAUGGACGAGAUGUUGAGAGCAUCACCAUUGAUUCGCUCCGGAGGCAUAUCGGUGUCGUGCCGCAGGAUACCGUCCUGUUCAACGAGACGUUGAUGUAUAAUCUGAAAUAUGCAAACCAGGAUGCAACGGACGAGGAGGUCUACGAGGCUUGUCGUGCAGCCAGCAUCCACGAUAAGAUCAUGUCCUUCCCCGACGGGUACAACACCAAGGUCGGCGAGCGCGGUCUGCGGCUCAGCGGAGGCGAGAAACAACGAGUGGCAAUCGCUCGAACGAUCUUGAAGAACCCACGAAUCAUCAUGUUGGAUGAAGCUACGGCUGCAUUGGACACCGAGACAGAAGAGCACAUCCAAGGCGCGUUGUCCACCUUGUCCCGCGGACGCACGAUGCUCGUGAUUGCUCAUCGGUUGAGUACCAUUACGACGGCAGAUCGUAUCUUGGUGCUACACGAAGGAAGGGUGGCCGAGAGCGGCACCCAUGACCAACUGCUGGCGAUGAAGGGCCGAUACGCGAGCAUGUGGCGAAAGCAAAUCCGCGCACAGAGGGCUGCGGCGGAGGCGCAAGUCCUCCAGGACCGUGCCCAGCGCCUUCGCAGCGCAUCAACCUCGGGAGCUGUCGGCGAUGACAGUUCUAGCCAGUCCGAUGAAGAUCGGAACGGCAAUCGUCCGUCCAAUGUGAUGCGACAGCCGUCUAAUAGAUCUGGUGACGACGGACGAAGAGGAUAG